GUGACAGCAGGGGGAGAGAGAGGGAUCCUCCCCCGGAGCAGGAAGCUGCUGCUGGGACUGAGAAACACACAGAGAGAGGUGCUCUACAAGACUCUUCCAGCAGAAUGUAGCCCCAACACAGACAUCCAGCCCCACAACAAGCCUACAUGUCCCGCAGGGUGCAGCAGCAGCAGCAGCCGGUCUAACAGACAGUGUUUCUCCCCCAUGAUGAAGGAGCUGCAGGGCUGCGGGAUGCGGUCCUCGGUGGGCUUUCUGUCCCGCAGAGAGCUCACCGGACAGCCGCUACUGAAGGACGAGUUCCAGAGGCGGAGGAUGGCCGGUUGCUCCAGCCUCUUCAAGAAGGACAUGCUCGGUCACUUCGGAUGCGUCAACGCCAUUGAGUUCUCCAACAACGGAGGAGAAUGGCUGGUUUCUGGAGGAGACGACCGUCGGGUUCUGCUGUGGAACAUGGAGGAAGCUCUCCACGCUCGCUCCAAACCAGUGAAGCUGAAGGGAGAACAUCUGUCCAACAUCUUCUGCCUCGCCUUUGACAGCACCAACAGGAAGGUCUUCUCCGGAGGAAAUGAUGAACAGGUGAUUCUUCACGAUGUGGAAAGAAUGGAAACCAUUAACGUGUUCCUGCACAUCGACGCUGUGUACAGUCUGUCCGUCAGCCCGGUGAACGACAACGUGUUCGCCAGUUCUUCUGACGACGGACGCGUCCUCAUCUGGGACACCCGCGAGCCGCCAAGUACAGAGCCGUUCUGCCUGGCCAGCUACCCCUCAGCGUUCCACAGCGUGAUGUUUAACCCGGUGGAGCCGAGGCUCAUCGCCACCGCCAACUCCAAGGAGGGCGUGGGAUUAUGGGACAUCCGAAAACCUCGCAGCUCGUUGCUGCGUUACGGCGGCAGCAUGUCUCUGCAGAGCGCGAUGAGCGUCCGCUUCAACAGCUCGGGCACUCAGCUCCUCGCUCUGAGGCGCCGCCUGCCGCCCGUCCUCUACGAGCUGCACUCACGCCUGCCCAGCUUCCAGUUCGACAACCAGGGAUACUUCAACUCCUGCACCAUGAAGAGCUGCUGCUUCGCUGGGGACCGCGACCAGUACAUCUUGUCUGGUUCCGACGACUUCAACCUCUACAUGUGGAAAAUCCCAAAGGACCCAGAAGCCUGGGGCGCAGGCCGGGUGGUAAACGGUGCGUUCAUGAUCCUGAAGGGCCAUCGGUCCAUCGUGAACCAGGUGCGCUUCAACCCUCACACCUACAUGAUCUGCUCCUCUGGCGUGGAGAAAGUCAUCAAGGCGUGGAGUCCGUACCAGCAGCCGGAGAGUUUGGGGGAUCUGGAGGGCCGGGUGGAGGAUAAGUCCCGCAGCCUGUACACUCACGAGGAGUACAUCUCCCUGGUGCUGAACUCCGGCUCCGGGCUCUCCCACGACUACGUGAGCCAGUCGAUCCAGGAGGACCCCCGCAUGAUGGCCUUCUUCGACUCGCUGGUGCGCCGCGAGAUCGAGGGCUGGAGCUCCGACUCGGACUCGGACCUGAGUGAGGAGGCCAUCAUGCAGCUGCACGCCCGCGGACGAAGAACCACCACCAGAACCACACCAACACUUCCUCUUACUCUUCCUCCUCCGGCUGCUGCUGCUGCUGCUGCUGCUCCUCACAGCGACUCAGAGAACUCCUCCUCUUCCUCACUGGUUACGGAGGAUCGUCCGAGGAGGAGGAGGAGAAGGAGGAGAAACCAGAGCCAAGUUUCGGGGUUCCUUGUAAACGAGGAUUCGGACUCUGAGUUCUGGUUGGACCCGAUGCCGCGUCCUCGCUCCCCCAGCCCCCAAGAAAACUCUGCGCUCUCCAGUGCCGCCUCCUCCUCCUCCUCCUCGCCGUCGCUCCCCACCGCCGUCGCCGCUGCUUCCUCUUCCUCCUCCUCUUCCUCCUCCAGCUCCAGCAGCGAGGAUGAGCAGCGUCGCAGCGCGGUGAGGAGGAGGAACGUGAUGCGCCGCCGACGCAUGAACGUGGUCUCCAGAGCCGAAGAUCGACCCGAUCCGACGCCGCUGUUCUCCGCCGUCGACUCCUGCAACUACCCGUGCAUAUCUGUGGACGAUUUCACCUCCUCUUCAUCUGGGGAGGUGCAGAAACCCAGAGAGGAAGAGGAGGAGCUGAGUCCGUCUGACUUUGUGUGUCUGAGCCCGGAGGAGGCUGGACACCGGACUGGAGAUAAAGGGGGAUGUGAGGCAGGCAGCAGUUCCUUCCCUUUGGACUCCUUGAGCCGUGGGACUAAAGGGCGCCACCGGACUGCAGCUCCUCCCCCCCAGAGAGAGGAGGUCCUCAGAGAGGAGGUCCAGAGAGAGGGGGUCCAGAGAGAGGGGGUCCAGAGAGAGGAGGUCCAGAGAGAGGAGGUCCAGAGAGAGGGGGUCCAGAGAGAGGAGGUCCAGAGAGAGGAGGUCCAGAGAGAGGGGGUCCUGAGAAAGGAGGUCUUGAGAGAGAGCCUCCUCACCUCCUCGGACUCAGAGGAGGACCCCCGGCCCCCGAGGGGGGGCGCUCUGAAACGGACUCGUGUCGCGUCAGACGACGGAGGCUCUCCUUCAGAGAAAAGAUGUAAAACAUAACGACUCCAAGAAAAAUCGUUAAAAAGACUUUGUUUAGAAAGAAAGUGGGUUUUUAUUUCUUUUAAUACGUCUCAAACUCACCGAUGUUGACGUAAAGAAACUGCAAAUAUUUGUUAAUUAGUUGCUGAACAAAUGUAAUUAUUCCUUUGGUCAAACCGGAGAAACAUUUGAAAGCUAACGACUCGGAGAGAAAUCGUUUUAAAUGUUCAAUUGGAGAGAUGGGUUUCCAUAACUCGGAUAUUCCUUUUUUAUACGUCUUAAACGCACUAAUUUUGACGUUAGGGAACUACAAAUGAAAGAAAGUGGUUAUUUUUUGUUUCUAAACAGUUGUCAUCAGUCCUUUGGUCGAACCAGAGAUGACAUUAGAAGAUGGAAGAUUUAAAAAAAAGUUAAAUUGUUGAUAACGGGUGAGGGGAUUUUAGUGACGGUGUUUAUUUUCAGUGUUUCAGAGCUCCUCUGUUUCUACGGAGGAUUAAAGUGUUGCAGCGUUUUAAUUUCUCCACACUUGAGUGUAAAUCUGAUUUUUAUUUUAAGUGAUUCUCGGCUGCCGGAGCGUCGAUGAUGCUCUUUUUGUUCCCAUGCAAUUAAAGAAUCAUUUUGUUCUCUACAAAUCUG